CAAAAUAAAUUUGGGAUUAUAUAUGAUGAUUCCAAACCAAUUUUAUUGUCCUUUUGAUACUGUUACUUUGUUUUUCUUCUCUCUGGUUUUCCUCCUUCUACACACGUCUGCUUCUCCUAUGCUCCAACAUUGUCAUCAUGACCACAUGGAUGCUCUUCUUGAGUUCAAACACGAGUUUCUGGUAAAUGGAUUCAACUCAAACUCAUCUUUAAGUUCAUGGAAGAAGAAUAGUGAUUGUUGUGUUUGGGAGGGUAUCACGUGCGAUACAAAAUCUGGCAAAGUGAUUUCACUUGAUCUCAAAUACAUCCCUCUCAACAACUCUUUAAAACUAAAUAGUGGUCUUUUUAAACUCCAGCAUCUUCGUAACCUUAGCCUUAGAGACUGCCAUCUCCAUGGAGAGAUUCCUUCUUCAUUAGGAAACCUUUCUCAUCUAAAACAUCUUGAUCUUUUGGGUAACUAUUUAGUAGGGGAAGUUCCAACUUCAGUCAGAAACCUAACCCAACUAAAAUAUUUAAACCUUAACGAUAACAAGUUCACUGGAAAUAUUCAUGUUCCCUUUGCCAACUUUACAAAGCUGACCCACUUAGAUAUUUCAAACAAUCAAUUCACAGGUGAAUUCCCUCUUGUAUUACUAAAUCAAGCCACUAGUUUGUCUGUUUUAGUCAUCAGCAAUAAUAAAUUUAAAUCCAUAUUUCCAUCUAACAUGAGUCGAUUCCACAAGUUAGAGCAUAUUGAUGUAGGUGGAAACUCAUUUUUUGGUCCUUUUCCUACAUCCUUGUUCAUGGUUCCUUCGUUAACAUGGGUUAAUUUAAGGGAAAACCAGUUCGAAGGACCUAUAGAGUUUAGGAGUAUAUCUUCGUCCUCUAAGCUCCAGAGUUUAUUCCUUAGUCAAAACAAUUUCGAAGGUCCUAUCCCCAAAUCCAUAUCAAACUUUCUCAAUCUUGAAACUUUAUUUCUUAGUGACAACAAUUUCACUGGACCAAUUCCCAUAUCUAUAUCAAAGUUGGUCAACCUUGUUACUUUCGAUAUUAGCCAAAACAAUUUCAUUGGACCAAUCCCCAAAUCAAACUUAGUCAAACUCGAGUAUCUUGAUCUUUCUAACAAUAAGUUAGAAGGUGAAAUUCCAGGUUGGUUAGGGGGUGUAUUGGAGUUAAUGCUUUCUCACAACUCUUUCAGCCGUUUUGGAAAGUCAUUAGAAGUUUCAGAUGUAACACAUAUCCAAACGUUGGAUCUGAGUUCAAAUUCUUUUCGAGGACCAUUACCUCAUUGGAUAUGCAAGCUUAGACCGUCAAUGUUCUUGGAUUUGUCUAACAAUAUCUUCAACGGUUCCAUCCCGCAAUGUUUAAGGAACACGAUUGUGCCUCUCAGAGCCUUAAAUCUACAAAACAACAAUCUCACAGGAAUUCUUUUUCAAGAUUUAUUUGUCAAUGCUACCAACUUAGAGUUGGUUGAUGUCAGCGGCAAUAAGUUGGAAGGAAAACUUCCAGAAUCAUUGAUUAACUGCAUUUCUUUGAAGUUUUUCAAUGUAAGAAGCAACAAGAUCAAGGACAAGUUUCCAUCGUGGUUGAGUUCUCUGCCUUCGUUAAAUGUUUUAAUCCUCCGAUCAAAUGAAUUCUACGGGCCGUUGUAUCAUCCACGUGUGUCCAUUGGGUUUCAAAGUUUAAAAGUCAUUGAUAUAUCAAAUAACCACUUCAACGGAACUUUGCCACCUUUCUAUUUUUCCAAAUGGCAUGGGAUGACCACGUUAAGGGAAGAACAUCAAAGUUACACCGUCUACAUGGGAUAUCCUGCAUAUGGAGGUUUUUACCGUAGUUCGAUGGAAAUGGUGAAUAAAGGAGUUGAUACGAAAUUUCAGCGGAUCCGAAAAGACUUCAAAGCUAUUGAUUUUUCAGAAAACAAGUUUUGUGGAAAGAUCCCCAAUUCUGUUGGAGUAUUGCAAGAAUUGCGUCUUCUCAACUUGUCUGGUCAGAUUCCUGGUGAGCUUGGCAGUCUAUCUUUUUUGUCAAUUAUGAACUUUUCCCAUAACAAUCUCCAAGGUCCAAUACCGCGAAGCACACAGUUUCAAAGACAAAAGUGUUCAGCAUUCAUGUACAACUCCAACUUUUACGGUCUCGAAGAUAUAUGUGGAAAACCUCAUGUCCCUAAUCCUACACCACAAGAGUCCGAAGAUUUGUCCAAGCCAAAAGAACAAGUGAUUAGUUGGAUUUCAGCGGCCAUAGCCUAUGGACCUGGUGUGUUUUGUGGGUUGGUGAUUGCACAUAAAUUCUCUCCACACAUACACAGCUGGUUCAUGUAAAAGUUCUAUCGAAAGCAAGCCCAAAAUAGAUUCCAAAUGUUCAACACCAUCUCCCUUUAAAUAUUUGUGAAUCAUAUGUAUAUUUGUGUUCUUUAAAUGUAAUUUUCUUUAUUAGUAUUUGUUUUAAUAAUCGUGUUGAUGGUAUGUGAGGCUACGAAUGUUUAAACUCUUACAUAUGGUGGGUGUGUAUGGUCAUCUGGAAUGCUCUAUGUUUACUUUGAACU